CACAGAGGUGUCUGUGGGUCAGGAUCAUAUACAGUCUAUGGUCAGGAGAGGUCGUUUUGAUGGCCGCCACACAGCUGAUUUACAUGCCGGUAACCCUCCAGCACACACUUUAUUAUUCUGUAGUUUAAACUUAAUAGUUAAUUUACUCCUCAAGCUCUGCUGGGGCACCAGAGGGCCUCUUUGUGGGAGAGAAACACCUCUGAACUCAAAGGCAGCAUGAUGGAUGUGUAUAUCUGAGCACUGAAGCCAAAGCCCACCCAGAGGAGGGGGCUGCUUGGGGGCAUCUGUGGGUCAUAUAAAACUUCCCCGCGGUGAGAGAGCUUUUAGUUGGCAGCCCAGUGAAGACCUGAGACAGAGCAAGAAACAGAAGGAGUACCACCAAACGGCAAUGGCAUCUUUAGGGCUGCAGAUCCUGGGCGUCGGGCUAGCGGUGCUUGGGUGGAUUGGAAACAUACUGAUCUGCAUGCUGCCCCUGUGGAAGGUGUCUGCAUUCAUUGGGAACAACAUCGUUGUGGCUCAGACCAUGUGGGAAGGACUGUGGAUGACCUGCGUGGUGCAGAGCACCGGCCAGAUGCAGUGCAAGGUCUACGACUCCCUGCUGGCCCUGCCUCCGGACCUCCAGGCGGCUCGGGCCAUGGUGGUCAUCGCCAUCCUGUUCUCGCUGUUCGGCCUGCUGCUCUCUGUGGUCGGAGGCAAAUGCACCACCUGCGUUGGGGACAAGGUCGCCAAAGCCAGGGUGGCCAUCUCCGCGGGUGUUUUCUUCGUCCUGAGUGGGGCUCUGUGUCUGGUGACCGUGUCUCUUCCUGCUAACACCAUCAUAAAGGACUUCUACAACCCCAUGGUUCCUGACGCCCAGAGGAGGGAGCUGGGAGCGUGUUUGUACAUGGGCUGGGGAGCAUCGGGACUGCUGCUGAUCGGUGGCGCUCUUCUCUGCUGUCAGUGCCCGUCAGGAGGAGAUCGCUAUAAUGGAGCGAAGUACUCCGCGCCUAAAUCCACAACGCCCGGCAAGGAAUUUGUCUGAGUCGCUGCUUUACAUGAGAGGCAGCGUCGGACUUAACUUACAGCACAAACCUGUUCAAGUUGUGAUUUGCAUUGUGACUAACUUUUUGUUGUUUUUGACUUACACAUUGUGGCCUUUUGUUUAAUGCAACAUGGACUUAAGCUUCAUUCAUUGCUUUUUACAUUGUUUUGUGUAAUAAUUUCAGUAUUAAUUCAAUUUCAGACUCUCCUGAUGUUUUUAUUUUCAUCUUUUUUGCAACAUAAGCACUUCAGAAAGACCCAUGUACUGUAUUUGUCAUGUGAUUUGUUUUUAAUUUAGUUUUUCAUUCAAAUAAACAGAUUUUUUUUGUCAACAAUGUUUUUUUUUAUAUGCCCAAUCCAGUGGAACAUAAAGUACAUUUACUUAAGUAUACAUUUUGUGGUACUUUCCUUGUGAGCUAUUAUUCUGUUACAUUUCAGAGAGAAAUAUUGCACAUUUUACUUAUUAUUUGACUGCUAUAGUUACUAUUUACUUUAAAGAUUAAUAUUUUACACACAAAACAUGCUGCAGUGUUAUAGAUUAAACUACCUAACAGUAGGGUCUAAAGACAGUAUGAGUUGUAUUGCCCCUUGUGGUUUGUGGUAUUGGGCUAUAUGAAAAU